AAAAGUGAAAGCGGCUUUUGGGGCGUGUACUACCUGUGGGGCCCCAGUCCCUAUAAGGCAGACGAGUGCCUUAGUCAGCGUUGCACGGGCGUGGAAUUGCUUCGAGGAGGCUUCCUCAACGGUCUGCAGGGCUUCUGUUUCCUAGCUCCUUCUCGGCAGACGGCGGGGGCUGGUGGCAGACCAAAAGCAGAAGGGGAGAUGCUGCUCCAGCUGAAUGCCCAAUUUGAUCUUCAGAGAGAUGUGGUGCCCUGGCUUUCGAAGCAAAGUGUGAGAGCUCCGCUGGAAGACUCCAGUGCUGAUAUUUUGGGGAAUAAUUUGGAGACACUGCAAACAGUAAAUGUUGAAAGAAAUGGAAAUAUUAUUUAUACCUGGAAGGGGACUCAGGGGCACACCUAUAUUGGAUUGUAUGAUCCCAAUAGUCAAAAGAACCAGCACUUGUAUACUUUUGAAAAAGAUCUGCACGUGAUCAGCUGCUCAGUCAACAAGGAAAAGACACUGCUGGCAGUCAGUUUUCUUCAGUCAACAACAGAAGAAAGAUUAAACCUGUUUCACCCAGUGUCUAAAUGUCUGACUUUGCUAACUGAAAUUCACCCAGUAAAUAACGUGAAAGUUUUAAAGGCCGUGGAUAGCUGUAUCAGAGUGCAGUUUCUAUAUCCAGUUGCAGAAACAAAUGCUGUCCCAGAAAGCUAUCUCUUACUCAUUUCAGAAGAUAAAUAUAUUGAAAAAAUUGACAUCAGAGUUGUCAAAGAAGGAGACAAUGUGAUGAUUGAAAAUGCAAGCCAGCUUUCAAGGCAGAGGAUUGCUGAUGAUCUCAUUUGGACCCAGUGGGAUAUGAUGGAACAAACAUUAUUUUACAUUGUUUCAAAGGAAUCAAGGGACACAUUAUAUUGCAUCCAGUUUUAUCCUGAUACAAAUUUUAAACUAAUACUUGAAGCACCUUUGGACAUCUCCUUGGGUAACAUAGGAUUAAAAUUUGUGAAUUUGGAUUAUAACUAUUCUCAAGAUCAAGAGAUGAUAUCUAAACCUUUGAAUGUACAGGUUUUUACCAGUGAAACAGGAAGUCUGUGCGUAUGUUAUAACCUUGUUCCUGUUAGUCCUGAAGAAGUGACAUACUCUGUAUCCUUCCUACAUAAAGGUUAUAGUAAAACAUAUACUAUUACUUUAGACAGAGUGGAGUCCUCAGAAGUGAAGGAUCUGGCUUUUUUUAAUCUUGAUUAUUAUGUGGCUGUCUACGUACCUGGACACUUCCUGCAUCUUCUCAAUACUCGGCAUCCUGACCUGAUGUGCUAUAACUUCUUUCUAACAGGUGGGAAUGCAAAAAUUAACAGAUUGCACACUAGUGCCAUCCUUUCCCCUCUCAACUCAAUGGUCUUGGAUCGCAGCACAGGAAGCAUAUUUACUGUUGUGAUGAACAAGCAGGCCUUGUUGCAAUUUCUGUGGAACAGCAAAAUGGAUAGUGACAGACUGGCAGCACUUCACUGUUUACUUCUUCAUAUGGGAAGUACUAAGGAAUUAGAAACCCAGAUUAUCCAGUGGAUUACUGAGAACACAUCAACUUGUUUUACAUUUGACCCUAUACAGGAAUUUAUCACUGCUUCUUUGUACUGGAGAAUGUGUCUGAAAGCCAUCAAACUGGAUAAAGUUUUACCAUAUACAUCACUCUUGUACUGGAAUGAGGAUAUCCCUGGAAUCAUAUGCAGAACCCACAUUAUCUUAUUACCUUUGUUAAAGAUACAGAAUUGCAAAGGCUUCUGGGAAAAGCUAAGUUCAAGUCUGGAACGCUCUAAGUGUGCUGAGCCACAUGUGCGUUUUAACAGCAGGGUGCUUAGGAAAGAAUGGAAUAAACUUUCAGAUCAGAGAACUGAAGAGAGAACAGUGUAUACAAAAAGUGCACUUGAAAAUGCAAAAAGGGUGUUCUCCAUCUUGAAUGCAUGGAACACAGAAGAACAUAUAGUUCCUCUCUUCCAAGAAGAAGAUUACCAGCAGCAGUUGCUAACAGGACUGAUCGUUGCACAGUUGAAAGAUCAUCUCACAAGACAUCUACAGUAUGCUGGCAAAAAAAAGAUUGACCAAAUAGCUGUGGAUUAUGUUUCAAAAUUGCUGGAUCUGAUAUGCCAGAUAAUGGAGAAUGUUUGGAAGAAGCAUAGUCUUGAUACUUGGGUCUUCUCAUGUAGACAGCAAGGAAGAUCAGAUGUGAAUGUCGUGUUCCAUGUCAUGUGUUGGAUUCUACAGGCCACCAAUGGAAUGUGUGUGCCCUUGCCUCCUGGAUUUCAUACUCUGCAUAUGGACCUGGGCGUGCGAUGUCUCCCUUUGCAUACGCUCUUGCAUUACAUUGACCAUGGUGUGCUACAUCUGACAGAGAAGUGGGUAAUGAAGCUUUUGAAAGAGCUGGACAACACUGAAAAGAAUGAAAAGCUCAAACUAAGUAUCCUCACAAGGCUCCCUGAGGCAAUUGGUCAUAAGGUUAGUCAAUUGUGGGAUGAUCCUGUAAGCACCAACACUAUUGCAAGGAACUAUGUUAAACUCUUGCUUGAGAAACUGAGGAAUAAACGGUACAGUAUGCUAGUUGUGGACCGUUUGUCACCCCGAACAGAGUUUCUUCCACUUAACUACCUGGUCAAUAUGCUGGCAGAGAUGGAACGUCAAGGAUGGAUGACUUCUGUGGAACAAGAUAACAUGAAUGCAAGAUCUGUUGAAGAGUUGGCACUGAAACAUACUACAAUGCUGUUAGGCCUUUAGUAUAGUUUGCUGUGAUUAAAAGUAUUACCUCAGCAGCACCCCAGCUUUGCUAUGCCUAUUAAUAUCUAAAUGUCAGAGAUAAGAUAAUUGUUUGGUUUAGAAAACUGGUGUGAUUAUUAUAAUAAUAUUCAGGAGAAAUACUGGAACUUCUUGCUGCUUAGAGAGAGGUCAGUGUAAUGAUUCUCUCACUGUUAGCACUUUUUAUUAUUAAUGGGAUACACACUGAAGUUGCUGUGCCGAAAACAUUCACUUUCGGGUAACUACAAACAAUUACCAAAUUAUGAUCAGCUUGUCUGCUACUCAAGUUCAAAUUCUUACAUAUAAAAUGAGAGAAGAAAGGAGCACAGUUAAUAAUAAGAAACUGACAGUUGUUGUAUAAUGAUGUAUAAGGGCAUCCAUUUAUCCUCAAUGGCAAAUAAAAUAGCUGUCUGUAAAUAAUGGGAAUAAAUGUAUAGUUUUGAAGCUUGAUACUUAACAUUUCACAAAGUCCUUGUUUCAAUAAAGAUACCUGUCUUCUGUGUA